AGACGUCUGGGCGUCACAUUCUACAGACAGAAGUUUUAGCUGGACCAGGCGUUCCUAAAAUACAAUUAUAAAAGAGAAGAUUUGAAACAGCAGAGCAUAACCACAGAAGACCCCCAGAAGUGUGAGAAUACACCUAGCAGACAUGCUGAGACUUCUACUGCUGCUUUUGGUGGGAGCCGCCUUUGCUCAAGAAUCGGGAGACUUUGCUCUGGAAAACUCUGAUGAGUUAAUUAAAGCGGUCAAUGAUGAAGAUGAGAAAUUAGAUGAGGCGUUUGAUGAUGCCUACGACGAAGAGGAUGAGAAGACUGAUGAAAAAGACUUGUCUCUGAGUCAAGAAAUUGAUCAUAUUGAGCCAGAUUUCACUGAAAAAACAGAGGGUGAUCUCUGUAUUAAUAAAGAUACAUGCGGUACUUACCAUGUUUUCCUAAGACCUACGCGCUUCUUUAGAGCUCAGCGUAUCUGCCGCUGUAAAGGAGGAAGUUUGAGCUCCAUCCAUAACUGCAAAACCAAUAACUUUCUAAGGAUAUUAAUGACUAGAACCUGUAGAAAUGUCAGCUUUGCUUGGAUUGGUGUUUGGAAGAGAAAUAGACGUUCUCGAUUCUGUAACAUUGAUGGAAGCAAACUGGAUUACACCAACUGGGGCUGUGAAAAACGCAGAUGCAGACCCAGACGCAGAUGGUGUGUUGCCAUGAACGUGCGCACCGGCAAGUGGCGGGCUCUUAGGUGCAAUGUUCGAUUGCCAUUCAUUUGCUCUUACUGAGACUCAACUCAUCACCAUUUGCAUCAGCUUUAAAUGAUUCUUACCCUGAAGAUGUAUACAUAAAUGUUCUACCCCGCACAGAUGCCGGAUUAAUAGCAAAGUCUUGAAAUGCAAAAGUCUUUGUUCCUGAUCCAACUACCUACCCAUCUGCUUUGUAGCUUAAAAUAAAAGUAUAAUAC